AUGCCUAAAACUGUGGUCACGAGGCAGCGAGUGAAAAUGGCAGAUAUGGAGACGUCGGAGCCAGAUUAUAACUCUAGAUUCGACGGUCUGGAGUGUAAAUUAAACCAACUGCUACAAGUUAACACAGACACAAAUGUACUGUUAAACUCCGCAUUAAAAAGGAUCGAGGCAUUGGAGCAUAUACUCGAGGCUACCAAGGCGGAAGUGCAUGAGUAUACUAUCUUGGUUAAGACGCAAGAGAGCAAAGUGGAUGCACUGGGGAAAAAACUCCAAGAUGCGCUGGAACAGAUUGACCAACUCGAAAAUAGACAUCGGCAAAACAAUCUGAGGCUCCUGAACGUUCCUGAAGGAUACGAGAAAGACUUACCAUUGACAUCUUUCUUGGUCAAGACCCUCGCGGAGAGGUGGAAUCUGAAGCUAACAGAGGAGGACUUCGAGAGGGCGCAUCGCAUUGGACCUGUGAGCGACAAUGCUAGGUACCCACGCGCUAUCAUCUUUAAACUGCACCACUUCCAGAAGAAACUAUACAUCCAGAGAGGAGCCCGGGAACCAGCGGAGGGAGGUAAACUCCGAAUCGUGCCGGAUAUGUCUUCAAUGGUGCGGGCAAGAAGGAGAGCGUUUUGGCCUCUUAGAGAACAGUUGCACCAGAUGAACAUAAAGACCUUUUUGAGAUACCCGGCUACCCUGCAUAUUGACGAGGGAGGACGAGCGACCGCUUUCACGUCACUGGAGGAAGCUAAAUUGGAGCUGACAAAGAAGUAUCCAACUAUAAAAUGA